GUCGCCCCGAGCGCGCGCGCGGGCCCGGCGCCCCGCCCCGCCCUCCGGCCGCCGGCCCCAGCCCGCGACUGACCCUCGGCAGCUCCUGUAGUCACGUGGCGCUGGGAACCGGGGGGGCCGGGGCCGGGCCUGGCGCCCUGAACUCGAACCUGCCGCUGUCGCCGCGGCGCUGCGGCCUCAUGGACGCGCCCCGCGGCCCCGCGCCCCCCGCCGGACAGGUAAGGCCCGCGUCUCCGCAGCCCGAGGCCCGCGCUCUGCCAUGGGGGUAGGGGUGUCCUUCCUGCUGCAGUUUUCGCUGACUUCUGGGGGCUACCAGAGUGUGGGCCGGACCGGGCGCUGCAGCCACCGGAGUGUCCCCGAGAGCCGCCGGACAAGGCCUCGUCUCCAGCCCCACGGGCUCCAGGAGGAAGAACCCAUGCUGGAACGGCGCUGCCGGGGCCCCCUGGCCAUGGGCCCGGGGCAGCCGCGGCUCUCCGGGGAGUCCCCGCAGGCGCCGGGGAAAGAGCCCCGCGGGCUGAGGUCGCCGGGCCCUUCGGUGGCCCCAGCGGGCGGCCAGGCCCCCGUCGGGGCCCAUCGCUGUGCCCACUGCCGGAGGCGCUUCCCGGGCCGGGUGGCCCUCUGGCUGCACACCCGCCGCUGCCGGGCGCGCCUGCCCCUGCCCUGUCCCCAGUGCGGCCGCCGCUUCCGCCACGGCCCCUUCCUGGCGCUGCACGGCCAGGUCCACGCGGCGGCCACCCCCGACCUGGGCUUCGCCUGCCCCCUGUGCGGGCAGGGCUUCCGAGGCUGGGUGGCCCUGGUCCUGCACCUGCGGGCGCACGCGGCCGCCCGGCGGCCCCUGGCCUGCCCCGACUGUGACCGCCGCUUCUGGCGCCGGAGGCAGCUGCGCGCCCACCGCCGGCGCUGCCCCCCGCCGGCCCCCGAGGCGCGGCCCUUCAUCUGCGGCAACUGCGGCCGCAGCUUCGCGCAGUGGGACCAGCUGGUGGCUCACAAGCGCGUGCACGUGGCCGAGGCCCUGGAGGAGGCGGCCGCCAAGGCCCUGGGGCCGCGGCCCCGGGGCCGGCCGGCCGUGACGGCGCCCCGGCCCGGCGGCGACGCCGUGGACCGCCCGUUCCAGUGCGCCUGCUGCGGCAAGCGCUUCCGCCACAAGCCCAACCUGAUCGCGCACCGCCGCGUGCACACGGGCGAGCGGCCGCACCAGUGCCCCGAGUGCGGCAAGCGCUUCACCAACAAGCCCUACCUGACCUCGCACCGGCGCAUCCACACGGGUGAGAAGCCCUACCCGUGCACCGAGUGCGGCCGCCGCUUCCGCCACAAACCCAACCUGCUGUCGCACAGCAAGAUCCACCGGCGCUCGGAGGGCGCGGCCGCCGCCGCCGCCGCCGCCGCCGCGCUGCUGCCCGCCGCCCCGGGGCCCCUGGAGCCGCCGCUGCCCUUGGCGCGCGAGCCCCGCGGAGCGCCCGCCCCCGAGCCCCCGCCGCCGCCGCCCACCCCGCGGGCCGAGCCCCCCGCGCUGCUGUUCGGCUGCCAGGACUGCGGCCGCACCUUCCGGCUGGAGCGCUUCCUGCGCGCCCACCAGCGCCAGCACAGCGGCGAGCGCCCCUUCGCGUGCCCCGAGUGCGGCAAGACCUUCGGCAAGAAGACGCACCUGGUGGCCCACGCGCGCGUGCACUCGGGCGAGCGGCCCUUCGCCUGCGACCAGUGCGGCCGCCGCUUCUCGCAGGGCAGCCACCUGGCGGCCCACCGGCGCGACCACGCGCCCGAGCGGCCCUUCGUGUGCCCGGACUGCGGCAAGGCCUUCCGCCACAAGCCCUACCUGGCCGCGCACCGGCGCAUCCACACGGGCGAGAAGCCCUACGUGUGCCCCGACUGCGGCAAGGCCUUCAGCCAGAAGUCCAACCUGGUGUCCCACCGGCGCAUCCACACCGGCGAGCGGCCCUACGCCUGCCCCGACUGCGACCGCAGCUUCAGCCAGAAGUCCAACCUCAUCACCCACCGCAAGAGCCACAUCCGGGACGGGGCCUUCUGCUGCGCCAUCUGCGGCCAGACCUUCGACGACGAGGAGAAGCUCCUGACCCACCAGGGGAAGCACGACGUCUGAGCGCGCGCGGGUGGACCACUGCCCCCCUCCCCCCUCCCGGGGGGCCUGGGUGGCUGCUGGGGUCGCCCGGCGACGGGAAGGGCUGGGAGAGGCGGGAAGGGAGCCGGGCCCCGGGAGGAGGGUGGGCACCCCCCCACCCCACCUCCCCAAUGCCCGGUGCAGGGACCCGGUGUCCAGCUGGUGGUCUGUCUUGAAAAGUAGCAAUAGCAGCUCUGUGUACCCCCGUAGGGCAUCCGGCUGAGGAGUGGCCAGAGCCUCCGGUGCAAACGCCUUAAUGUCUGUCUCUUAGUAGGUCCUUUUUGUGCUCCCCCGGAAGUAGCCGCGCUACAGAGUUUAGUGCCCCAGUAUCCCAAGGGUGCGCCCGUUGGGUCCGCCCCGGAGGACCUGCUGGCCUUGUGGCAGCACCUGCGAGGCGAAACCGAGCUCGUCUGGCCCACCAGAUCCCCUGCUUCCGAGAGCCCGGCAGGAGACCCCCGCUGCGGUUAGUGGCUCCCCGAAGACCUUUCCUCCUUGGUCAGAUUUGCUGUAGAUGCCCCCCAGAGCAGCCCCUGGCUGUUAGCUGCUGAGCGGGCCUUCCGCUGCGCCCCCGUGCCUGCCCAUCCCUCCAGAACUCAGCGCCUGUGGGGAGGAUCGCCCACCCGGGCAGCGGGAGUGGGGGUCAGCGAGGGGAGAGGGCAGUGAGUUUGCUUCGCAUUUCCCAGUCGCUGAGCACCCAGUGACAGGGACCCCGCACCCGCUGCCACCCGGGUUCUGUGGUAGGGUAGUUGUUAGAAAUUCUCCCCGUAACGAAUGGAAUCUGCUGUCCUCUGAUUUCUACCUGUUGGGCUGUGUUCUGUUCUCUGGAGCGAAACCACCACCACCACUCACCCUCCUUUUUCAACUAGAGAAUAAAGAUUCGGUUUUAGAA